GACUGCGGACACAGUACAGGAGAUGACCAGAGACUGCGGACAGCACAGGGAUGACCAGAGACUGGGGACACAGCACAGGGAUGACCAGAGACUGCGGACAGCACAGGGAUGACUGCUGACCUUUGGGGAGGGAGGGGGAUCGGGUACCUGAAUUUGACAGGUACCCGCUCUUACUUCCGCAGUUUUUUUUUUUUUUUUAUCUUACCUGUUCCUCGAUCCAGCCGCGCGGUGUCUUCCCGGCUUCUGUAGUGUGGGCGCUCGUCGGACAGCCGGAUGCCCAGUGCGCAUGCGCGAGAAGCGCUGCGCUUUGUGAUUGGUCCGGCGGCUUCUGGGAUCUGUCAU